GGCGGGAAAGGCUGCAGCCCGGAGCUGCUGGGCGCUGCGGGCUCCGCGGGGCUCCGGAGGACCCGCGGCGAGCGGGCGGGCCGUGUUGUUUUCAGCUGCUCUGUCUCCAUCUCCCGUACUCCCCGUUGCCUGGUCCGCUGAUGUGUGAACUUACACACAAUGAACUGUGAACUUCUAGCCACCUGCAGCGCCCUUGGGUACUUGGAGGGAGACACUUACCACAAGGAGCCAGAUUGUUUAGAGAGUGUGAAGGAUCUGAUCCGCUACUUGCGGCACGAGGAUGACACGCGAGACGUGCGGCGGCAGCUGGGGGCAGCGCAGAUCCUGCAGAGCGACCUCCUGCCCAUCCUCGUCCAGCACCGCCAGGACAAGCCUCUCUUUGAUGCUGUCAUCAGACUGAUGGUGAAUUUGACACAGCCGGCCUUGCUCUGUUUUGGCACUGUGCCUAAGGAGCCCAGUGUGCAUCACCACUUUCUGCAGGUGCUAACUUAUCUUCAGGCCUACAAAGAGGCCUUUGCCAGUGAGAAGGUUUUUGGAGUUCUCAGUGAAACCUUGUAUGAGCUGCUACAGCUGGGCUGGGAGGAACGUCAAGAAGAACACAACUUGUUGAUUGAAAGGAUCCUGCUGUUGGUCAGAAAUAUUCUCCAUGUGCCAGCUGACCUUGACCAUGAGAAGAGGAUCGAUGAUGACGCCAGUGUCCAUGACCAGCUUCUCUGGGCUAUUCACCUCAGUGGCCUGGAUGACCUGCUCCUUUUCCUGGCCAGUUCAUCUGCUGAGCAGCAGUGGAGUCUCCAUGUGCUGGAGAUUGUCUCUCUUAUGUUUCGUGACCAGAACCCUGAGCAGUUGGCAGGUGCAGGGCAGGGACGCCCAGCCCAGGAGCGAAGCGCAGAUGUGGCAGAACUGGAGGAGCUGCGCCAGCGAGAGAUAGCGGAGAGGAAGACUCGGGCUCUUCAGCGGGGCAACAGGCAUUCUCGAUUUGGGGGCUCCUACAUUGUCCAAGGGCUGAAGUCCAUUGGGGAGAGGGACCUCAUCUUUCACAAAGGCCUUCACAAUCUCCAGAACUACAGUUCAGACCUGGGAAAGCAGCCCCGAAGGGUGCCCAAACGUCGGCAGGCUGCCCGGGAGCUGUCCGUUCAGCGCCGCUCUGCCCGCAACGUGAGGCUCUUCCUCAGGGACUUCUGCUCUGAGUUCCUGGAGAACUGUUACAACCGUCUCAUGGGCGCUGUCAAGGAUCACCUGCUUCGGGAGAGAGCUCAGCAGCAUGAUGAGACCUACUACAUGUGGGCCUUGGCUUUUUUCAUGGCCUUCAACCGAGCUGCCUCUUUCCGACCUGGCUUGGUUUCGGAGACCCUCAGCGUCCGUGCCUUUCACUUCAUUGAGCAGAACCUCACCAACUACUAUGAGAUGAUGCUGACCGACCGCAAAGAAGCUGCCUCCUGGGCACGCCGGAUGCACCUGGCUCUAAAGGCCUAUCAGGAGCUGCUGGCCACAGUGAAUGAGAUGGACGUGUCUCCCGAUGAGGCCGUGAGGGACAGUAGUCGCAUAAUCAAAAAUAACAUUUUCUACGUGAUGGAGUACCGAGAACUGUUCCUGGCACUCUUUCGAAAGUUUGACGAGAGGUACCAGCCCCGUUCUUUUCUUCGAGACCUGGUGGAAACCACCCACCUCUUCCUCAAGAUGCUGGAGCGUUUCUGUCGGAGCCGUGGGAGUCUGGUGGUGCAGAACAAACGAAAGAAGAAAAGAAAGAAGAAGAAGGUUCUAGACCAAGCUGUUGCUUCUGGUAAUCUCCCAAGUAGCCCAGAGGAGUUGGAGGCUAUGUGGCCAGCCCUGGCAGAGCAGCUACAGCAGUAUGCUCAGGAUCCGAAGCUCAGUGUCGACUCCGUGGUUCCCUUUGAUGCAGCCUCAGAGGUGCCAGUAGAAGAACAGCGGGCUGAAGCCAUGGUGCGAAUCCAAGACUGUCUCUUGGCUGGCCAGGCCUUACAAGGCCUGGCCCUCCUAAGGUCUGCCCGGGAGGUAUGGCCUGAAGGAGAUGUGUUUGGCUCUCCAGACAUUUCCCCAGAGGAAGAGGUGCAGUUACUGAACCAAAUCUUCUCUGCUCAGCUUCCCCGGCAGCAGGGACCAGCAGAAGGAGAGGCAGAGGAAGAGGAGGAGGAAGAGGAGGAAGAAGAGGAGCUGCAGGUGGUCCAGGUGUCAGAGAAGGAGUUUAACUUUCUGGACUACCUGAAACGCUUUGCGUGUUCAACUGUUGUACGAGCCUAUGUGCUUCUGCUGCGGAGCUACCGGCAGAACAGUGCCCACACGAACCACUGUGUGGUCAAGAUGCUGCACCGGCUGGCCCAUGACCUCAAAAUGGAAGCCCUACUUUUCCAGCUCUCACUCUUCUGCCAGUUCAAUCGCCUGCUUUCUGACCCUGCUGCUGGAGCUUACAAAGAGCUAGUGACUUUUGCCAAAUACAUCCUUGGCAAAUUCUUUGCAUUGGCCACAGUCAACCAAAAAGCUUUUGUGGAGCUGCUAUUCUGGAAGAACACAGCUGUGGUUCGAGAGAUGACCGAGGGCUAUGGCUCCCUGGACAGUGGGUCUUCUGGUCGUAGAGCCCCUGUGUGGAGCUCAGAUGAAGAGGCCCAGCUUCGCGAAUUAUACCUCACCCACAAGGAUGUGGAAGGUCAGGAUGUGAUAGAAACCAUCUUGUCACACCUGAAAACACCUCGAACACGCAAGCAGGUCAUCCACCAUCUGGUACGGCUGGGUCUGGCUGGCAGCAUCAAGGACUUCCAGAGGAAGGGAACCCAGAUUGUGUUGUGGACAGAGGAUCAGGAGUUGGAGCUGCAGAGGCUUUUUGAGGAGUUUAAAGACUCUGAUGAUGUCCUCGGUCACAUCAUGAAGAAUAUCACCGCCAAGCGCUCACGGGCCCGGAUCGUGGAUAAACUGCUGGCCCUGGGGCUGGCGACGGAGCGGCGGGAGCUGUACAAGAAACGGAAGAGGUCGGCACCGCCACCCUCCAGCAUGCCCAAUGAAGAGGAAUCCCUGAAGGAUUUUUGGCAGGAAGAUCUAGAAGAAGAAGAAGAAAACUUGUCAGAGGAAGAGAGUGAAGAGGAAGCAGAGAAAAAGGAGGGCUUAGGAGUAGAACAAGCUCGGGCUAGCUCAUUUCUCUCUGCUGCAAACCUUGGCCACAGCUUGCAUCAGGAAGGCUUUUCUGCUCCCCUCCUCUGGCUCCAGAAUUGCCUGAUUCGAGCAGCAGAUGAUCGGGAAGAAGAUGGCUGCUCCCAGGCAGUCCCGUUGGUGCCACUGACAGAAGAAAAUGAGGAAGCAAUGGAAAAUGAGCAGUUCCAGAAGCUGUUGCACAAGCUAGGCAUUCGGCCCCCCAACUCAGGGCAGGAAACCUUCUGGCGAAUCCCUGCCAAGCUAAGCUCCACCCAGCUCCGCCGAGUGGCAGCAGCUUUGAGUCAGCAAGAGGAGGAAGAGGAGGAGCUGCAGCCCGAGCCGCGAGGCCCCGGAGCGCAGAGUCCCGGCGAGGAGCCCGAGCACGGCGCCGGAGCUCCUCGGUCACCCGAAAAGGACGCGGGGCUGCUGUCCCCGGAAGGUGAAGAGCAGCUGCGCGCCUCCCUCCUAAGUACUAGCCCGCCCCGGCCCCGCUUCGCUCGCAGGCUGCACGAGGCCGGGCGCGUUAGCGUAGAGGGCCGGCGGGAGCGCUCGAGGCUGUCCAGCCUGUCUCCUACUUGUGUGCCUCCCGCAGUCGCCGCCCAGGGGAAGGGGCAGUGCACGGCGGCGCCCAGGAAGCGGCACGUGCUGGACAGUGACGAGGAGGACGGCGAGGGGCCCGGGAGCAAAGCACCAGAGCCAGGAGCUCCCGUAUUACACAAGAAGAAGCGCCUUCAGAUUGAGGAUGAAGAUGAAGAUGACUGAAAGACCAGAUGCCUGGGAUUAGAAAUUUCGUUCUUAGAGAUGUCUUUUCAGAUGACCAAUUUAAGUCAGAAUUGGGAGAGCACAGAGUGUACUCUUACUAGAUGGAAGACUGUACUUUUAGGCAAAGUUGGAUGGACUCCGACAUGCUCAGUCCUGGUCACCAGCACGCCCCGGCGCUGCUCCGGAGAUGCAGGCUUCUUCCAGGAAUAGUUUCUUUUGGUUACUAGGCUGCUUAGCCAACAAAAGGAGUGAGUGAAGUGUAGAAGACAGACUGGACCCUUCUCAUAGGUCUAUUCCUCUGGCUUUUUGCUGGAGGUGGGCCACAACACCAGACACCAACAUAACGAAUGAAAGGUUCACACCAUUUUCAGAAGACAUUGGAUUCCUUCAUUUUCUCUCCAGUAAUCAUCCCCAGACAGAAGAUCAUGUCCUGCAGUUGAGGUGGAGUUGGGGUGGGCUACUCUCAAAAUGAUGAACAUACUUGAUUUGUGUUUGUUAUGAAACUAAACAUGUACAAUUAAAAGUUAUUAAUUUCUGGGG